GUUAUGACAUUUGCUUUUCCACGUAAACAUUUUAUUGUGUUGGGGUUGCAGCGUGAACACUUUGUCGGUGAUUUUGUUGUAAAUUUUUCCUAAUUACGGGUGAAAUUUCUGUUUUUCUUUACUUAAACACAUCGCGAACAGUCGGAUUUUAAAAAUGGAUUCGCUUAUGGAACCUACGCUGUACACCAUCAAAGGAAUGUGCAUACUGGACAACGACGGCAACCGGAUACUGGCCAAGUACUACGACAAAAACGUAUUCCCCACCGUCAAGGAACAGCGGGCGUACGAGAAGAAUCUGUUCAACAAAACACACCGUGCCGAUGCGGAAAUCAUCAUGCUGGAUGGGUUGACCUGCGUGUACAAGAGCAACGUGGAUCUGUUUUUCUACGUGAUGGGCAGCACGCAGGAGAACGAGCUAAUACUGCUGUCCGUGCUGAACUGUCUGUACGAUACGAUUACGAUGAUCCUGAAGAAGAAUGUCGAAAAGCGUGCGGUGCUGGAAAACCUCGACAUUGUGAUGCUCGCGUUCGAUGAAAUCUGUGAUGGAGGCAUUAUCCUAGACGCAGAUCCAUCGUCCGUGAUGAAGCGAGUCGAUCUGCGAAACGAUGACAUUCCGAUCGGGGAACAAACCGUUGCCCAGGUUCUACAGUCGGCCAAAGAGCAACUGAAAUGGUCACUGCUAAAGUGAGCUAUGGUGCAGGAUUGUUUUUUUGAUUUGCUUCCUCUAUUUUUUCACCACCCGGAGAAUGUGGAUAUGCCGGACCCGCCACGAACGGGAACAUAGUAUGCUCCCCACAUUCCUGGCCCGGGGCGUAGAGAAUCUUACCAUUUUUCUUUUUUCCCCGGCACGGUUCUAACGUGUAUCGGAUCAGAAGAAGCAGAGCGGGAGAGGAAAGCAAAACGCAUUUCAUUUAAGCAGCGCAAUAUGAUAAGCCCCCAAAGCAGAAGAUAAACGUUUAAGGUACCACGAAACGAAAA